CGUCAUUCUUAGUGCCUUGUUCAAUGUCGAAUUUAGUCUACAACGGAAAAACCCAUCGAUUAUUCCCCGGAAAAAGCAUCUAAUCCUUGCAUUCGGCUCUGAUUUCUUCACGAGUUCGCAAGAUCAAGUUGUUAGUCUACAGAUUUUUGUUCAGGUACAUAAAUUUGAUGGAGAAUUUGAAGGAGGCUUUGCGUUUUAUCUGCUCAUCUAAUUUCUGGAGGAUGGUUCUGUUUUGGAACAUUGCCCUCCUUUUUUCGUACUUUCAAUUGCUUAAAAAGAGUAUCUUUGCCCCCAAAUCAAGUUCCUCUUCUUCUUGCUCCAAAUUCAAUCAUUCACACACACCUGUUUGUGUUAUAACUGGUGCUACUUCGGGACUUGGUAAGGCCACUGCGUUUGCUCUUUCAAGGAAAGGUUUCUACGUUGUUCUUGUUGGACGGUCCUCGCACUUACUAUCAAAGACCUUGAGUGAUAUUAAGAGGCAGAACGAGGAUGCCAAACUCAAAGCUUUUGAAGUUGACAUGUCGUCUUUUCAAUUAGUUUUAAAGUUCAGAAGCUCUCUAGAGCAAUGGCUUUUUGAGUCAGAUUUGCAUUCUUCAGUCCAGCUUUUGGUGAACAAUGCUGGAAUACUGGCAACAUCUAGUCGUCCAACUGUUGAAGGCUUUGACAGGAUGAUUGCUACAAAUUAUGUCGGCGCUUUCUCUUUGACCAAACUUCUCUUACCGCUCCUGAGAAACAGCCCUGUGCCUUCAAGAGUAGUGAAUGUUACAUCUUUUACACAUCGUUCUGCUUUUACUGGGAGGUUUGACAUGGAUUCUGUUACUGGAGUGAACUUUUCAAGAUCAAAGCAAUAUCCUUGUGCUAGGAUCUAUGAGUAUUCUAAAUUAUGCCUUCUACUUUUCUCGUACGAGCUGCAUAGACAGCUUCACCUCAUGGAUGAUUCACAUCACAUCUCUGUUGUAGCGGUAGAUCCAGGAGCAGUAAAAACAAACAUAAUGCAUGAGCUUCCUUCAUAUAUACAAGUCAUUGCGUUUUGUGGUCUCAAGAUUCUUGGACUGAUGCAGUCUCCAGAGGAUGCAGCUGAAUCUGUCAUUGAUGCUGCUUUAGCUCCACCUGAAAUAUCAGGCAAAUAUUUCUUUGGCGGGAGGACCAUUGAAUCUUCAACACUUUCCAGUGACCCGAAAAUGGCUAAGGAACUUUGGGACACAUCAUGUCUCAUAUUUAACGAAUUGCAGCAAACUCACACUUGAAGAUCAAAAAGCUUCUAGUUGUUGCUUGCUAAUGACAUAAUCCUAGGAUCCAAACUGUAUCACCUUCUGGUUUCUUGUAUAAAAUCAGUUUUUGUGUUUAGUAUUCCCUUGUUAGCAUCUACGUAGAUUCUUCUUUUAUAAUUCUUUUUGUUCAAAUUUCUUAUUGUUACCAAAGGAAAUUUUUGCUUAGGGAUUUGUUGUCAACUUUUGAGCCAUUCAACUUAAAAGUAUGAUUAGACCAACAUUCUGCUUUU